AUGAUGCCGUCGGAGAGCGGAACGGAGAGCCGGGACCGGGCGGCUGCACAGGUGGGGACGGCUGCGGCCGCGGCGGUGGCUAAGGCCGCCCCGGCAGGCGGCGGCCCUGACCCGGAGGCCUCAUCGGCCUCCCUCGGACAGCACCUGAGCGGGUUGAGCUGGCCGCAGGUGAAGCGGCUGGAUGCGCUCCUGAGCGAGCCGAUUCCCAUUCACGGGCGCGGCAACUUCCCCACGCUGAGCGUGCAGCCCCGGGAGAUCGUGCAGGUCGUCCGCAGCAGCCUGGAGGAGCAGGGACUGCGGGUGCACGGCGUGCGGCUGCACGGCUCCGCCGCCAGCCACGUGCUGCACCCCGAGAGCGGCCUGGGUUACAAGGACCUAGAUCUGGUGUUCCGCGUGGACCUGCGAAGCGAGGCGUCCUUCCAGCUGACCAAGGAGGUGGUGCUGGCCUGCUUGCUGGACUUCCUGCCGGCCGGCGUGAGCCGGGCCAAGAUCACGCCGCUGACCCUCAAGGAGGCUUACGUGCAGAAGCUGGUGAAGGUGUGCACCGAUGCGGACCGCUGGAGCCUCAUCUCGCUGUCCAACAAGAGCGGCAAGAACGUGGAGCUCAAGUUCGUGGACUCGGUCAGGCGUCAGUUCGAGUUCAGCGUCGACUCGUUCCAGAUCCUCCUCGACUCCCUGCUGCUCUUCGGCCAGUGCUCGCCCACGCCCAUGUCGGAGGCCUUCCACCCGUCGGUGACCGGCGAGAGCCUGUACGGGGACUUCGCCGAGGCCCUGGACCACCUGCGGCACCGCGUCAUCGCCACUCGCAGCCCCGAAGAGAUCCGCGGGGGCGGCCUCCUCAAGUACUGCCACCUGCUGGUGCGGGGCUUCCGGCCGCGGCCCAGCACCGACGUGGGCGCCCUGCAGCGCUACAUGUGUUCCCGCUUCUUCAUCGACUUCCCCGACCUGGCAGAGCAGCGGCGCACGCUGGAGCGCUACCUCGAGGCCCACUUCAGCGGGGCCGACGCGGCGCGCCGCUACGCCUGCCUGGUGACGCUGCACCGGGUGGUCAACGAGAGCACCGUGUGCCUCAUGAACCACGAGCGCCGCCAGACGCUGGACCUCAUCGCCGCGCUGGCGCUCCAGGCGCUGGCCGAGCAGGGCCCGGCGGCUGCUGCCGCCCUGGCCUGGCGCUGCCCCGCGAUCCCCAACGGGGUGGUGCCCGCCACCACCAUCAGUUACUACGUGACCCCCGUGCAGCCUCUGCUGGCCCGGGCCCACGCCUCCUAUCCCACCUGGCUGCCCUGUAACUGA